AUGAACGACAAAGAUCCAAAUAUAAAGUUGACAUAUGAGACAGGUGAUAAUAUCAAUUACCUAGACGUUCGGAUAAUCAAAGAUUCGGACAAAAAACGUUUUAGCACAACUGUGUAUAGAAAACCAGCUGCGCAACCCUAUGUUUUUUCAUUUGAAUCCUCUCACCCUUUACACAUUAAGCAAAAUAUUGUGUAUCCAUUCUCCGAGCUAUUAGAAUUUGCUCCGAUUUACUUCGCGUAUCAAAUAAUUAUUCUUUUAAUCGAUGGAGGAGCUGUUAAUAUAACAAGUUGUACAUUAAAUUCAAAUGAAUUACUUGAUGAUGUUGAUAAUGAUGUAAAUCGCCUUGUAAAAAAAUUAACAGACGAUGCUCUUGAUACUGUUUGUAAUUCUAUUCUUGAUUUAUCUUCAAAUUUUCACUCAGAUGUUCUUUCUCAAGCUUCAUUAUCUUCUAUAGAUUUUAAUUUGCCAUCAUCAUCUAACAUUCUUCUUGGUUUACAAUCACCACCACAGCACGAUGCCAGACGAAAAAGAGCAACAGAUAGUUAUUUGAAUAUUGUAAAUAAAGAAAGAAAAGGGUAUGAUGCACAUUUAAAAAGUAAAUCGGUAUUGUUAAAUAUUAAUAAUUGUGUUGAAAGAGAAAAGGAUGAUAUGACAUUUAAAUUAGUUUGUAAAUUUGGUAAGUUACAAAAUUCAUACACGGUUCAAAAUCGUAUUGAUUUGAAAGAAGCCUGUCAGGCUGAUUUAAAAGCAAUUGAUGUUUAG